AUGUCACCAGCACUGAAGACUUGGACUACAAUACAAGAGGGCACCUGGGAUCAACCACCAUUGGAACCGAAUUCUUGGGCGCUGCUAGACUCAGCAGACUGGAGGGGCCGUCAUCAAGAGGGAGUCGACAAACUCAAAGAAUGUUUCAAAGGCCCAUACCGUGUAAUACAACCGUACUACUUCCCAGAGGAAGACGUGAAACUGGAAGUAUGGAGGUAA